GAUGUAUUCGAGUAGAGAUGAUAUGAACUAGACUGUGUGGUUAAAAUACAAAAUAAGCAGAUUAAAACAAGCGAUUUCUUCAUGCCAGGACGUGCGGCAUCACUCUGUCCAUCAGGAUACAAGACACCUACAUCUGCAUGUGAUCUAUAGACUCCAGCCAGAGUCCACCUUCAUAUACAUCCAGCCCCUUGGAGAAAAGAAAAAGCCAUGGAGAAACCACCCAACCCCAGGGAAGGCUUUACCUGUGAUCCACGGGGAGCAGCGUCACCAGCACCCAGCUGUCAGUCUGUGAAGAGUGACUGGUCAAUGGAUCAACCAAUUGUUUUCAAAGGAGGAUGUCCUUCCCAAGAUAUUACCCCUGCCUGUGACUUAUGCAUUGGGAAGAGGCGCAAAGCUAUGAAGUACUGUCAGACCUGCACUGCCUCCUACUGCGAGACGCACGUCAGACAGCACUACACGGUGGCAGCGCUGCAGAGACACACUCUGGUGGAGGCCGAUGGAGACCAAGCCUCCCCUCCUCCAGGGGAGAUCCAGUUCCUCGCAGUGAGAUCGGACUCGGUGUCGCUGAGCUGGGGGGCUCCGGAGGGGAUGGACAGUCAGACUCUCAGCUAUGAAGUGACCUGGGUCAGUGGCACAGAGCGGCGCUGCCUCAGAGUGAAAGGCGUGACUCACAUGGACAUACUCUUUCCCUGGUCUGAGUGA